AUGUCGGCCAAACACUUCAUCAACGAUCCCACCAAGCUGGUCAACUCGGCCCUGCACAGCUUGACCCUCACGAACCCGGGCCUCGCCCUCGACAAGUCCAACAAGAUUAUCUACCGCCGACCGUCCCCCGAUGCCGCGUCGCAGGUCUCCGUAGUCUCGGGCGGCGGCUCGGGCCACGAGCCCUCCUUCUCGGCCAUGGUCGGCCGGGGCCUCCUCUCGGCCGCCGUCGCCGGCACAAUCUUUGCCAGCCCCAGCGCCGAGCAAGUGCGCACGGCCAUUGCGUCGCGCGUGGACACGGCCAAGGGCGUCCUCGUCACCGUCAUGAACUACACGGGCGACGUGCUCAACUUUGGCAUGGCCGUCGAGAAGGCCCGCGCCGCCGGGCUCGAGGUCGAGAUGGUCGUUGUCGGGGACGACGUCGGCGUCGGCCGGGCCAAGGCCGGCAAGGUCGGACGGAGGGGCAUCGCGGGCACCGUGCUCGUGCACAAGAUCGCCGGCGCGCUGGCGGCGCAGGGCCGGCCGCUGAGCGAGGUUGCCAAGGUCGCGCGGCUGACGGCGGAGAACUUGGUCAGCGUCGGCGCGAGCUUGGAACAUGUGCACGUCCCCGGCCGCGCGAUCCCCAGCGGAGAGGACGAGGGCGCGCUGCAGCUUGGCGAGGCGGAGCUCGGCAUGGGCAUUCACAACGAGCCCGGCUCCGGCCGGGAGAAGGCGGAUCUGCCGGGGUUGGUGAGCAAGAUGCUCGCGCAGCUGCUGGACCAGAACGACAAGGACCGGGCGUUCUUGAACGUCAACUCGAACGAGGUGGUGCUUAUGAUCAACAACCUCGGCGGUGUCAGCGCUUUGGAGCUGGGCGGCAUCACGGCCGAGGUCGCUUCGCAGCUGGAGGGCAGCUACGGCAUCCGUCCCGUUCGUAUCCUGAGCGGGACUUACAUGACCAGCCUCAACGGUCUGGGGUUCAGCAUUUCGCUGCUCAACGUCGUCAACACGGACAUUGGCGGCCCCAGCAUGAUCCAGCUUCUGGACUAUCCCACCGAGGCGACUGGCUGGUCUUCUCCUAUCCUCAAGGAAACCUGGGAGGGCAAGAACGAGGCUACGAGGGAGGAGGAGGCAGACACCAGCCAGGCGACGAAGCCCAGCGAUCUCAAGUACGAUGCUGCCGCCGCUACAAAGUCCAUCACGGCUGCCCUUCAAAGAGUCAUUGCGGCCGAGCCUGAGAUCACAAAGUAUGACACGGUUGUCGGUGACGGCGACUGCGGCAUCGGUCUGAAGAGAGGAGCUGAAGACUACGUAUCCCACGAAAGCACGCUGACGCAACGGUUCCCAGCCAUCCUCAAGCACAUCUCCGAGAAGCCUUUGACCGGCGACGCCGUCGUCGACCUCGCCUCCGCGGUGCCCGUGGUCGAAAACACCAUGGACGGCACCUCGGGCGCCCUCUACGCCAUCUUUCUCAACGCCCUGACGGGCGCCCUCCGCAGCCUCGCCCCGGGCACGGCCGACCCCAAGGUCUGGACCGCCGCCUUGAAGCAGAGCAGCGAUGCCAUGUCGCGGUACACCCCCGCGCGCCCGGGCGACCGCACUCUCGUCGACGCGCUGUACCCCUUUGUCGACGUGCUUGGGCAGACGGGCGACGUCAAGAAGGCCGCCGAGGCGGCGCGCGCCGGCGCCGAGAAGACAAAGGGCAUGAAGGCCAGCCUGGGCCGGACGGUCUACAUUGGCGGCUCGGGCUUCGAGCAGGUGCCCGAUCCCGGCGCGUGGGGGUUGAGCUGCUUCUUUGCUGGGUUGGCGGGCAUCGAGGGCGAGGACGGCUGGGAGAAGCUUUAA